GCUUCAUCAACGGCAAUGGAGCAUGCCUCAGCUUUGGAGAUGUUUAACAAUGCCCCCCCAAAGAAAGUGAAGUAUGCCUUUUAUACUGGAGAUGACCACUCCACAACUGAGGCUCACAUUCGACAGAAAGUCUCCUAUGGAGGUAUGGAGUGUAGUGAUAUAAUACAUAUGAAGAAAUCCUUAACUACACGAUUAUAUAAUUUAAGCCAGAAUGCAAAAUUUCCUGAUAGCUCCAUCUUGUUGCAAAAGGUAAUAAAUUACCUGGUAAAAUGUUUCUCCUAUGGUGUUGCACAGAACAAAGGAAAUGCAAGAGCAAUCAAGGCAACCAUUAACUGCAUUGUUCCCCAUGCAUUUGGUGACCAUAAAAACUGUGACAAUAAGUGGUGUAAAUUCAAGCAAGAUCCAGCUUCAUAUAAACAUCAUGACCUUCCAUAUGGGAAAGACUUGUUUGGAGACAAAUUGAGAUCUGCCCUUGAAAACAUAUUCGGUGAUUACUGAUGCAGUGGCUGACAAAUUA